GACAACAGCCCCCUCGCAGGCUUUUACGUGAGGAGAAAAACGUCAUAGGAAGCAGGUUAGCCAUGGAAACGACUGAACAAGGGUCUCCCACCGGAGUGGAUCAGAACUGCUGUGAUGGGUCUCUCACAGGAGUUCCCAAGGUUGACUACGAGAGCAAAACAAGGCACACCGGUGAGAAACCCUACAUGUGCGGUGAGUGCGGGUACAGGACAGCAACAAAGUCCAUUUUGGCUAAACACAUGAGAAUGCAUACAGGGGAAAGGCCCUUUAAGUGUGACCAGUGCAACUAUGCUACAUCACAUAAGCCCAAUUUGGACAGGCAUAUAGCAGCAAAACACGGUGGUGAAAAACACUUCAAGUGUGACCAGUGCGACUAUUCUGCAACACAAAAAUACCACCUUGAUUACCAUAUGGCAACAAAGCACACGGGUGACAAACCCUACAUGUGUGCGGAGUGUGGGUACAGGGCAGCUCAAAAGUGUCACUUAUCUGAGCAUAUAAGAACUCAUACAGGAGAAAAACCCUUCACGUGUGACCAGUGUGACUAUUCUGCGGCGCAGAAAUCGACUUUGGACCAGCAUCGCACAAAACACAGUGGUGAGAAACCCUACAUGUGUGGGGAGUGUGGGUACAGGACAGCUCACAAGUCUAACUUAUCUCACCAUAUGAGAACCCAUACAGGGGAAAAGCCCUACAAGUGUGACCAGUGCGACUAUUCUGCAUCACAGAAAGCCAAUUUGGACAACCAUAUAGCAGCAAAACACACUGGUGAGAAACCCUACAUGUGUGGGGAGUGUGGGUACAGGACAGCUAAAAAGUACGCCUUAUCCCAACAUAUGAGAACCCACACUGGAGAGAAACCCUACAAGUGUGACCAGUGUGACUAUUCUGCAGCAGAGAAAUCAAGUUUGAACAAACAUUUAGCAAAACACACCGGCGAGAAACCCUACAUGUGUGGAGAGUGUGGGUUUAGGACAACUUGGAAGUCAACCUUGUCCAAGCACAUGAGAACCCAUACAAGAGAAUGAUCAAACAAUGAUAGAGUCGAUUCCGAGUCACCAAGAGGGUUUUGAAACAAUAUUUGUCAUAAGUUUGAACUAUUCUAAGUAAA